AUGGUGGAGCUUCUCGCCACCUUCGGCGCGGCCGCCAAGGAGCUUUUCGACUACAACCGAGAGAUGUACCAGUUUGACCAGUCUAUAGCAAGAGCUCACUGCUUGGCUGGAAGCAUCGCCGGUCCUGCCAUGACCCGGCGCCCUGUCCCUCCGGCCGCGGGCCUCGCGGCCCUCGCGGCGUUCGCGGCGACCGUUGACUUCGCCGCGCCGGCCGGCGACAUUGGCGCGCCGCGAAGCGAGGCUCCAUGGGCCGAGGCAGACGAGGGAUGGGAGCCGCCGCUCUUCGAGGAGGCCCAGUGGUGGCGAGCCCCCGAGGAGUGGCCCGAGGAGGCGCGGCGGCUCUUCGUUCCCUUGGGCCCCUUCGACGCCGCCACGGACUUCCUCUGCGAGGCCCCACCCGCCUCCAAGCUGGCGGCGGCGCUCUACGAGGCGCUGGGCGCGCUGCCGCUGAACGAGUUCGACCUGCAGGCGCUCCUCUACCCGGGUGCCUCCCACCUGCUUACAGCGCGGCAGCUGCGCCAACUCCUCGCCUUCGGCGGUUCGAGGGCGCCGAAGUCGGUGCUCGACGUGGGGGCGGGGGACGGGUGCGUCACGGAGCAGCUGCGGAAGCUGAAGGCUGAGGUGGUGGCCCUGGAGACCAGCCGCGGCAUGGCCUGGCGCCUGCGACGUCUCAAGAACUUCGAGGCCCACUGCGGGGACCUCGCCGCAGGCGCGCUGCCCGGCCGGAGCUUCGAGCUGGUGUGUUUGCUGAACGUGCUGGACCGCUGCAGUCAGCCCCAGGCGCUGCUGGCUGCCGCGCGCGAGAAGGCGCCCCUGCUGCUGCUGGCCACGCCACUGCCCUUCCAGGCCUCCUACUUUGGCCCUGAGACCUCCUGGACUGGCGAGGUGCCCGAGCCUUUGGGCGACUCGGACGCCUGGCCGGGGGACUGGGCGGGGGACGCUCUGCGGCUGCUGCGCGCCGUGCUGCCGCAGAGCGGCUGGCGUCCGCUGGCGGUGAGCCGAGUGCCAUAUCUCACCGGGGGCGAUGAGGAAGGUGCUGUGGAGCUGGACGACUUGGUGGUUCUGGCAGAAAGGCGAGCUCCAGAAGCAGAAGAUGAGCGCCUGAGCUCCAGGAGAAGACUUCACUUUUUCCAGGCCCGGCGGAAAAAGCGCUGCUUGAAGAGGCGCCAGCCGCUGAGCAGCUUUCUUCUCGGCCGAGGACGAGGAUCUGAGCGCCCGGCGGAGGGCAGAGGCGCCGAAGGAGCCAGGUGGAAGCGCCGAGGAGACGUGGCCGGCUCGCGAGCCGGCCUUUGGCCUGGUGCGAAAAGCGCAGAGGCGGCAGAGGCGCAGAAACACGGGGAGAUGCUAGGCCAGCGCCUGGAUCGAGAGCUGCUGCGGCUCGAGAUGCAGAUCAAGCGGUUCCAGCUCUUUCGGGAGGACAUACGCGACCUCGUGGAGCUGACGGUGGGGAAAAUGGAAAUGUACCACGUGGUGGGCGCCUUGGUCCUGGAGUGCACGGUCAUCUACUACACGGAGGGACGCAUUCGGACCUCUGCGCCGCCGUUCUUGCUGGGCCUCUACUGGCUGUCGGCAGCCGGUACCUUCACCUACGUCCUGCUCUGUGUUUGGUUCAGCAUGUACGCUUCCAUCUCCUCCCACAGCUUCGGAGUGCGGCUGCUCACGCGCUUCGUGCGCCUGCCGAUUCCGGGCAGCCAGCAGAUGAGCGCGCUGAACGCCCGGCUCACGGACUUCGAGAGUCAGGGAACCAACAUCAUGCGCAUCCCCUUUGUCCAGGGGGUGCCCAACUGGCAGGGCCGGAACGACGCGGACAAGGACCCAGCGAGGUCUUCUAGAGGGCAGGGGGAGGGAGAUGAGGAGUACUUCCCGGCGGUGAUCAAGCCGGGGGAGGUCAAGCAGCAGGACUUGCUGGAAGCUGGCGUGCCCGGGUACCAGGAUGACGAAGGCUGCUUGCAGAAGGCGGCGGUCAAUCUGCCCGGCAAGCACAUCAAGCUCUUCCGAGAGCUGCAGGCCAAGUGGCAGUGCUACGAUGCCUAUGCGCGGGUCUGCAUGUCCUUCGGGGUGAACCACGUGUGCAUGACCAUGUCCUACUACAUGAUCGGGCUCACAGUCCUCGAGUACCGAUCGCCUUCGAUCAUGUUUGCCCUGGUGACCAUCUUCCAGGCCACCAACCUGGCGCUGGCCUGGCUGGAUGUGGCCGGCCUGAAGCGCAAGACCACCUCCGCCCUGGAGCUGGUGGGCGCCGUGCCUCCCUUCGUCGCUUGCUGCUCGAUGGCCACUGCUCCCCACUCUGAGGGUGGGCGAGGCCAGUUCGACCCCAGCCACGACUUUCCCUACGCCUGCGCCGCGUUCUUCUUCACGGUGGUUUGGCUCGAGGGGCUCUUGCACCUCGCCUGGCCCAGCGAGGACAUGGCGAUGCUUCCGAAGCGUUUCCGCUCGGUGCUCUUCUUGGACGUUUUCGGCAUGGCGGACGAUGCUGUGAAGGGCAACGAGGAUGCAAACCCAGCUCCGCCGGAGAUCUCCCUGGAGGAUGCGGAAGCGGCGGACGAAGCGGUGCAUCUGGCGGAGGCGGCGGUGAGGCGCUGGAACGAGCUGCCGCGGGGCCUGGACGAGUUGCAGAAGUACGAGACCGAGCUGGAGCCCCUGCGGGCUCAAGCGCUGAUGUGGCGCAAGGUCUUGAACGGCGAGGCGGCCAAGCGGGCGCGCGCCCGGGGAGACUUUGAGGGCUUGGACUUGCUGGAGCCAGACCCCCGCGGCUGGUCGGAGCUGACGGAGGAGGAGAAGGAGGAGGACCCCUUCUCCUGCAGCCUGCUGGGUCCCUUUCUGGGAGAGCCCGACCAGGAGGUCUACUACUACGACUUGGAGAACCGUGAGUUCGUAAGGAAGGCGCAGGAGGAGCAGGGAGUACUGAGCCUGACUCAGUUGAGCACCCUGGUGAAAGAUGCGGAGCAGAAGGUGACGGAUCUCUUCCAUGGCAGGGCAGACCUCCUGGACACAGACCUCGACGGCGAUGAGGCUAUGGGCUUCGGGGAGUGGUGCUGCUACCUCCUCCGCGGCUGCACCAAGCGCCGGAAGUGCAUGGAGCGCGAGCGCCGCCUGCCCUGGCGAAUCCUGCUCUGCGUCACGCGGGCGAGCCAGGUGAGCUGGUUCCUCCUGGGCCUGUCACUCACGCUGCAGAACACCGGCGUCCUGCCCAAGUACGACUUGCUGGUCCUGAAGUCGGAGGAGGGGGAGGAGCACGGCGAGCACGCGGAGCACGGCGAGCACGGCGAGGUGCACGAAGUGGAGCACGUGGAGGGCGAGGGCGCGGAAGCCCACGAGGGCCACGAGGGCCACGAGGGCCACGAGGGCCACGGGGGCCACGGGGGAAGGAGGCUGGCGGUCGGUUGGGACUUCCAGGUCUUAAAUGUGACGGCCUGGCCCCGGGGGCUGGCACUGGCGCGGGCGGUGUCGUGCCUCAGAAUGGCAGAGGCUGCAGGAGGCAAACUGUACAUGGCGGCGGACACCAGUCAUUCGAUUUGGAGUGUCGGGAGCCUUUUGCAGCCCCUCACUUUUGAGGCGGCCGAAGCGUCGGCUGUGGCAUCUCUAUGCCCACAAAUGGAGGUGCCUGUGCCUUGCAUGCUGGCCAACGCCAGAUUGGGCGACGCGCUCAAGGCCGCCCUCGCCGCGCAAAUGCCGAACCUGGGGCCCCAGCCCCUGCGCUCGCUCGCAGCGGCGCAGAUGCCGUGCCGGAGAGUGGGCGCUCUAGGCGCUUCACUCGCCGGUGAGUGCAUGCUGCUGGCCGGCUGGGACGGAGUGCAGCUGUUGGUGGCCGCGCUGCCUCUAGAACCAGGCGCCGCCCCGCUGCCUUUGUUCGACGUCUUGGCGCACCGGAUCCCUCCGAAGCGGAAGGCGGCCAGGCGCGGCGUGCAAAGCCAGCGGCAGUGUCUGCAAUGA